GGCCCUCGCUCUUUUGCCCUGCUCUUGCUCGUCAUCCUGCUCCAUAGCCAUUUGUCAGAGGAGCAUGAAGUUUUUAGAAAUCCCGGAAUCUCCGGAACGUAUCAAUAGCACGCUGUGUCAAUAGAUUCUUCUCGUCCUAAUUUGGGCUCGGCCUCUUCGUAGCCCGAACACUUGCCAACCUUCUACAUAUCUGGCACUUCCAGAUGGCGAUCCGGAGUAUCGUUCGCGCCGCGGCGUCCGUCUCCGUCGCCGGCGCCCUCGCGAUCGCCGAGAGCGGACGUGCAGCACGCGCAGGAGGCGGGGGCGGCGUGGUCGCUGCUCACCGACUUGCCGCGCGCACAACUUCAGUCCAAGGACCAGGCCGCUUCUGGUUGCGGCAAGGACACCACCGCACAGACACACAUGGUUAUACAUAUAUAUAGAUAGGCAAUGCGGUUGGCGACAGGGAUCGUUUAAACGAUUUGCAAGGAUUACCCUGGUUACUUCACGAUCGAUGGCCUGAUGUGGCCGAGUCCUUGGAAGAGCAGCCAUGCCUGGAACAUCUCCGCGUGCGCGCGGCACUGCGACGAGAACCGUAAUUGUGUCGGUUUCACCGCCCGCCAGCCUAGACACGGCAAGCUGUUGUGCUGGAUGUACAAGGGGCUCCAGAGGCAGGUGGAUCACCUGGCCAUGUCCUACAUGAAGUGCAUAAAAGGGUUCGAGUGCCAAGACGGGUUUCAGUUCUCCCACGCGGGGACCUGGAGAUCGGGCAAGAGGAUCCCGCAUCUGGACGACGAGGACAUGGAGGAGUGCCGGUUAGCGUGCCGCAAGGACAGGGGUUGCGUUGGCUUCACGCACCGCGUAAACAGGGAAGAUGACAAGUUCUGCCUCCUCUUCGAGGACCCAGACAACAGGCAGGGCCCCAGCCGAGACUCGCGCGCGAGCACGUACUCAAAGUGUGGCCAGAUCGAGGUCCUCGAGGAGAACCAGACGGACGAGGAGAACCAGACGGACAACGAGCAGGACCCGGCCCCGGCCUCGGCCGACGAGUAGGGCUCGGCCCUGGCGGGCGAGCACCGCGAGGAGGCCCGAGCCUCCGAGGACGAGCAGAUGUGAGGGCCGAGGCCUCGGCGAUCGAGGGGCCGGCGGCGCGGGCACGGGCUCGCGGGCAGCGGGCGAGGGCACAGGACGGCCUCGGAUUCGCUCCUUCCUCGUGGACCCAUGGGGGAUCGAGCAGGAGGAUGCUCCUGCGCCGCCGCCGAGAGGCGUCGCGGGGCAGGAGAGGCCGAUGCUUGAGGAGGGCGCUCCUCCUCGACCAAUGCUCCCCCUCCCUCCGCUCACCGAGCGGAGGGACCUGCAGGAAGCUGAUGCUCCGUGCCUUGAGCACGGCCUCGAGUUGCGCUCAAGCCUUGUGUCUCGAGUUGGGUUCAACCCGUCGAGGCCCACUGGGGUAGGGCAAGGCCGCGGGCUCGAGCGUGUGCUGUUGUUACGUGGAUGGCGCACCAGACGUCCAUCGCAGAAG